GCGAAAGGCAAACUCAAGCGGUUUCAAAGUCUCUGUAUUCCCGCUCCUUCGUCUCCAAAGGGAAAGAUUUUUGCAUUCAUUUCGAGAGUCUUAUGCAUUUGCCAGCAUGAGGUCUCUCCUUUCGCACACGAAGCUUGAAGUCCCUGUGGCUAAGGCCGAUACGAAGCCUACCGAUGCAGAGGCUGGUAAAGAUGAUGCUACCUCGCACAGCGACAGCGAGGACAUCUCGAAAGAUGCCCAAACCGGUGUGCAGGAUAUGCAAGCUAUGACAACUGUCUGGAGCACAUACCACCUAAUUGCGGCCUACAUAUUAAUUUGGGUGAUCGCAUUUCUAGAUUCGCUGCAGUCAGGAAUGUCGUUCGCAUUAACGCCGUUCGUAACCAGUAACUUCCAGAGGCAUUCGUUGACUGCUGCCACGGACAUUAUGGCAAGUCUCAUUGGUGGACUUUUCAAAUUGCCUCUGGCAAAGAUCCUUGAUAUCUGGGGUCGCCCCCAAGGUUUUGGACUUAUGGUGAUUAUGAUGACCAUGGGACUUAUCAUGAUGGCGGGCUGCAACAAUGUCCAAACAUUUGCCGCUGCUCAAGUUUUCUAUUGGGUUGGGUAUAAUGGAGUGUCGUAUACCAUUUCUAUCUUCAUCGCUGAUACAUCGGCCCUGAAAAAUCGAGCUCUGAUGUUUGCGUUUUCGUCCUCUCCCUACAUUGUCACGACCUGGGCUAGCGGGCCAAUGGCAGAGAGCUUCUUAAAGCACACUGGGUUUCGAUGGGGGUUCGGCACCUUUGCCAUCGUGGUCCCAGUCGUCUGCUCGCUUCUCUUCGGACUAUUUAUGUACAAUUAUAAUAAAGCAAAAAAAGUCGGACUACUACCGAAGAGGGAAAGCAACCGCACCGCAAUGGAAUCCCUCAAAUACUACUUCUUCGAGUUCGAUAUUAUUGGUUUACUCCUUGUCACCAGCGGUCUGGCGAUGUUCCUCCUUCCAUUCAGUCUUUAUUCCUACCAGGCCGAUGGCUGGAAAUCACCGCUGGUUCUUUGUCUCAUUAUAUUCGGUGGUCUCCUCGUUAUUGUAUUCGCCUUAUACGAGAAGCUUUUCGCGCCUGUCACCUUUAUCCCGUUCGACCUUCUGACGGAUCGCACUGUUCUCGGAGCGUGCAUUCUCGCGGGCGUUCUCUUCGUCAGCUUCUACAUCUGGAAUAGCUUUUUCUUCUCGUUUCUGUUGGUUGUUAACAACCUUAGCGUCACACACGCAAGCUAUAUCCGCAACAUUUACAGCAUAGGCUCUUGCCUCUGGGCCAUAGUUGUCGGUAUCUUGAUCCGUUGGAGCGGUCGUUUCAAAUGGCUGGCCGUGUGGUUCGGCGUUCCUUUCACAAUCCUUGGGGUGGGUUUGAUGAUCAGGUUCCGUCAACCAGAUGUCAACGUCGGCUACAUCAUCAUGUGUCAGAUUUUUAUCGCAUUUGCCGGUGGUACACUUGUUAUCUGCGAACAAAUGGCCGUCAUGGCAGCGACUUCUCAUCAAUUUGUCGCAGUCGUGCUUGCCAUCGAGGGCAUGUUUUCUCAUAUCGGGGGUGCUGUUGGGAGCACGAUUGCCACCGCCGUUUGGACUGGAGUCUUCCCGAAGAAGCUUGCCGAAUACCUUCCGCCGGAAUCACAGGGUAAUCUCACGGCAAUCUAUGGCGACGUGGCAAUCCAGUCAUCAUACCCUGUGGGCAGUCCAACUAGGAACGCCAUCAACAGAGCCUACGGCGAUGCCCAAAAAUACAUGCUUAUUGCCGCUACGGCUAUCUUGAGCUUGGCAGUUGUCUCAACAGCCGUCUGGAGAGACAUCAAGGUCAAAGACUUCAAGCAAGUCAAGGGCCGUGUCGUUUAAAUGGAGAAGUGCGGGAUAAGGAGUGCGGCUCAUCUUUUAGCAUUUGGUGAUAUAUACCCAGGAUAGUCUGCUUUGCUGGUAAUGGUGAAAGCUUGUUCUCUGAAGUUUUCAAGUCAUAACCAUAUGGGAUGGCGUUCAGUGAGGCAGAAAUGGAUGGGCGAAUGUAGCGAGCAAAGCUUUGGGAUCUAAAUGUUAGAUAACUUAACUAUUGGUUAUAACA